ACCCUAGCCAGGGGUAGGUAGGGAAGUCAGUUCUGUGCGCGUCGUCAUCGCGCACGCACGCGCGUCGCGUACCGCUCCCACACACACAACAAAAAACCUUAAAACCUUCAUAAUCAACCCAACGUGAAUAACAUUAGUGCUACAGUGUAUUAAUAAGUGUUAUUAGUUAACUAUAACAGUGAUACAAUACAGUGACUCAGUGCAACUACCAACGAAACAGCGUUCAACCAUAAUGAUAUAAAACAUUUUCUACGAUAAAUCGCUUGUUACUCUGUUUUAAUCGGUCCCCAAACGAUGUGAACCACCUCCACCAAUGGUCGCUGCUCUCCUACCAUGGCGGUGCAGGCUCGGCCGACGGCUCGUCACUUCCACAACCAGCCGGAGCUGCAGAGCUGGGCGGGGCUCAUGCUGCGGUGGAUACUGGUAGUCUGGGUCGCCAGUUGCGGGCCUUUGGGGAACACUGUGAAGCAAGAUGGUUGCGCGUUUCCAUCCCGGUGGCACGGACGCUGGUUCCAGUCGGGAGUGAUCCAGCCAAUCCUCAUUGAAGGCGACAGACUGUCCAAUAAGGGACGGUGUUUGUCUUCUGAAGGGGACAAGUUUCUUAUAGUUGAUGAAAAAGGCUGCUACCGCUGUGUUGUGAUGCACGAAAAACAUAAAAACGUUCUACAGUAUAAAGAAACCUUCUGCCACCGAAGAGACGCGCUGCCACACCUGUGUUCGUUGAUAACGGGAGACGCGCUGUUAUACUCCAUGUUCAGAGAAAACGCCGAUCCCGUCGACUGCCCUCUGAAAGGGCCAUUUUCUUUUACUUAUAAUAGGGGUCACGGAGACUGCAAGAGCCCCGUGUCUUCAAUAGAGAGCUGCACAGAAGAUUCCAGACUGCUCCUCAAUUACCAGGCCUGUCCUGAUGUCUAUGGCUCUGAAAGCACGGUGGAAGAGCUAGAAUGCCUGGCCACGUGGAAAGAAGGCAGUCUUCGCUUCUUAGUAGGCAAGCUGCAUCACAACCACGCCACGAGCAACGAAGACCGGUACCGAUGCUUCGUCUACGAGAAGACUAAUGACUUACUUCUGAACCCGCGUGUUACAGCCACUGGUACUGUGAAGGAGCAGAUCGUCCCGCCGGGGGGUGUUGAGUACAGGGUCGCUCAGUCGGGAGACGCUACCUGCAAUGGACUCUUCAGUGCCACUGAGGGAUCCAGGACUAUGGCUCUUAAACGUGUAUCAGUCCGCUUCAACUGCCAGUUCCCUUCGUGGAUGACGUUCUCCCACACAUGGCACACCCUGGACUUCACCAGCAACUACACGUUCUACCAGCGGAACGCGACCCUCAGGAUAACGAACCAGACGGGAGCUGAUAUCAAGGUGUACUGUGUUAAUGUGAAGGCCAGCUCGCCGAGCGGGAACUCGGUGGCGUUGGUUGCGCAUUGGCAGCAUCAUUGUGUGUCCCGCUACGUGUGUGUGGUGCUGUACCGGCGCGACACGUACAUCGCGGAGCUGCAGCGCGGCGCGCCCACGUCGCGGCCCGACGACGCGUGCUCGCCGCACCACUUCAACGCGGUCACUGCGCCUUAUGUUACUUUAGUAGCAAGCAACCCCGAAUCAAAAGAAUGUCCUUAUUCCGGAAAAUAUGAAAUCCAAAACCGACGCAGAAGAGACGUUAGAUCUAGCGAAGACCAUAGUGUUAAGAGAGAGAAAGCAAUGUUGGAACAUAAUCGUAGGGUUAAUGGGAGUAGGUUGUUCAAUUUUAGCGUAAGCAACAUGUCUAGUGCCCCUAUGUUGAGGAGUAGACGGGAGUCGGACAGCGAAGUGUCCUGUGUGGUCAACAGCUACAACAGGCUGGAAGUCGGCUGCAACUCCGUCAAGAAUAUGGAGUUCUAUUCUACUUGUGAGAAUAGGGAGGUUAUGACAGCGUACACAUGCCACGGCGGCUGGUACGAGAACGGCGCAUCGUUCGUGGUGACGACGCCCGUGACGCGCGACAGCACGGCGGCGCGGCGCUACUGCUUCGUGUCGCGCGACCACUCCCGCGCCGCCCUCGCCCUCGCGCGCUCCCCCACCAACUGCGACCGCGACGACCUCACGCCCGACCUCGUGUUCGACGCCACCGCUACUGGUGAGUGUGUGUGUAUGUGUGUAACACUCCCGCGCCGCCCUCGCCCUCGCGCGCUCCCCCACCAACUGCGACCGCGACGACCUCACGCCCGACCUCGUGUUCGACGCCACCGCUACUGGUGAGUGUGUGUGUAUGUGUGUAACACUCCCGCGCCGCCCUCGCCCUCGCGCGCUCCCCCACCAACUGCGACCGCGACGACCUCACGCCCGACCUCGUGUUCGACGCCACCGCUACUGGUGAGUGUGUGUGUAUGUGUGUAACACUCCCGCGCCGCCCUCGCCCUCGCGCGCUCCCCCACCAACUGCGACCGCGACGACCUCACGCCCGACCUCGUGUUCGACGCCACCGCUACUGGUGAAUGUCAAGAUCAGACGAGUCACCAGCCGGCGCUGAGAAUAUCCCUAACCUUUGUAUUAUGUCUCCCAAUCAUACAUUAUAUAAUACCGAGAUGAUUCCUAAUGCACUAACACUACCUAAGUCAUUUCGGACCCCUCACCCUUGUAAUUAUAGCUACGACACAUAGACAGGCUUAGAAACUAUAUAGAAAACAAACUUUUAGUUACUAAAACACCUUGUAAACGUAUAUCAUGCUAUUUUUCCCGUUAUUUAUGUUAUUAAACUAUUGUAAAUCGUUUAAAAUCGAUAAUCAUAUAUCAUAGAUAGACUCAAUCGCCUAAAACAUAAUAUUGCCACGUAUAAUAUUAAAAUUGCAAAAUAACGUUAGCCGUUAUUUUAACUGUUAUUUCAUUAUAUUUAAAUGUACAAUUUUAGAUAAUAAAUUGACAUAAUAGAUGUCGUCUUGAUUGCACAAAAUGCACGUAUUUUCUUAUUUCGAUUUAAGUUUAUGAUUGUUGCCUCAAAGUAUUUUAUUUUAAAAAAUAAACUAACUUAGUCAAACGCAACAAAUUAGUAACAACUGGU